UGAGACUUCUGUCUCGUGCACACGUCUCCUUUACCUUCAUUAGAGGACCAGCUCGAGAGCAGCAUCGUCCCUUGCAAAAUGGUUUCUCCGUGCCUUCCAGUUUUGGGAUUAUUGCUUUUCAUCUUUGAGGUUUCAGGACAAACGUUGCCCAACUACGAAGUGACAACGGUGGUGAAUGCGCCUCACGUGAUGCAAAAAGCAAACGGCGUGGGCUUUGAAGGAAUCAUCAUUGAUAUUCUUCAAGAGCUUUCCAAGCGCGCCAACUUCACCUACACGAUCAGACUUGUGAGAGACGGUUCCUAUGGCAGCCCUGAUAGAGGAGGAAAUGGUACUUGGAACGGAAUGAUUGGGGAAAUUCUACGAAAUGAGGCGCACAUUGCUGCUGCACCUCUGACCAUCAUGCCACAGAGAGCUGCGGUCGUGCGUUUCACGCAGCCAUACGUUGACGCCGGACUGAAGAUCCUGUACAAGCGACCCACUGAUUGGAUGAACAGCGAACCUCUGUUUAUCCUUCUGUCUGUCUUCAGUCCUGGACUGUGGAUCGUUGUCCUUCUCCUCGUUGCCGCCAUUACAGCUCUUCUCCACGUCAUUGCUCGAUUCAGUCCGUUAGAGGACGCUUCACUUGGCGAGAAGAAACGAGAAAACGCGGGAUUGACUAUCCUCAACAGCUUCCUGUAUACUUUCAGCGUGCUUGGAUGGCAGAACUACACCCCCUCCCCUCGAUCAAUAUCAGGGCGCAUCCUGAUGGCGUUCUGGUGGCUGUUCUCUCUCUUCAUUCUCGUCGCCUUCACAGCCAACCUCACCGCCUUCUUCAUCACUCAGGAACCUAACGUGUCAAGGGUUCCAUUUUCAACCUUCUCAGAACUUGUCAGGCAGAAGAACAUACGCUAUGGCACAUUCAAAUACGGGUCCACUGAGAUGUUCUUCAGAACGACAAGGAGUCACCUCGCGAAAAGAAUGUGGGCGACGAUGAACGCUCAGAACACACUGAUGAGAACCCUUGACCAAGGCGUCCAGAAAGUCAGGGCUGGGAAGUUCGCAUUUAUUGUCGAAGGCCCUCUGGCCGAGUACAUGGCUGGAAAGACGCCGUGUGACCUCACUGUCGUCGGAGAAUCUUUGAACGACCGUGGCUACGCAUUUGCCUGCAGUAACAAGUCUACCCUGUGCGGUAUUCUCGACCAGAAAAUCCUUGAAUUGAAGGAAGAGGACUUCAUUAUCAACACCACAAACAAAUGGGCCUCAAGGGGCUGCAAUGUCGACAAGGGGAGGGAACUCGUAUACGACGGUGUGCCUUUCUUUGACUCAUUCGGCCGGAAGUCCGGGCUACUGAAAGACAAGUCUGUGACCCUGAAGAGAUUCGCUUCCGGGUUCAUCUUCCUCUUCCUUGGGAUUUUCCUGGCUGGGCUCUGUCUUAUUGGGGAAAUCGUCUACGCAAAGAAGAGUGGUUACUCUGUCAAUGUGCUUCCCAGCCUGCGUACUUCCGACCAAGAACGAAUCCAAGACUCAUUUGACAGCGGCAGAUAACUGUAGUAGAUACUUAGACAGCCCAGGACAUUGGGAGUUACCCCCCUUUAAUAACAGUAAAGCCAUUAUUUGAAAGAUUGACGUAAAGGUUGCCUAAAUGGACAACUUGUGUCUGAAAAUCCCUGUAAGGCCAUGUCUUCUUCUGUGAUGUGUUCAGCAUGUUGUGUGCGUGGAUCAGUGUACAUAGAUCAUUGUAUUAGUAUAUGUGUAAGCGGUACCACCGAUAGGUUUUCUUCAUUCAUAGAAGUCCGUAUAUCGAGAUUGCACACUAGCUUGGACCAAAUGUGAUUCUGUCUGUAUUUCUGUGUCUAAUGUUCGUAAUAUGAAAGCGCCUCCUCCUGUAAGGAUCGUACCUGUUGUGUAGGUAAUAUUAGUUCAUAUAUACAUUAUAUAUCAUGUGAGGGGGAACGACCUUUUGAUUUUCGG